AUGUCCUUUCCCAACCGGCUCCCCGCUAACUCAUAUGAGGGCACGAUCGAUGGUAUUGAAAUCAGAUGGGGCCCUUCCGCAAUUACCAGACUAUCCGAUAAUGCCAGUCUUUUCCCGGCGGGCCUAGAAACCAUGAAAGGUGUUACGGAAGAUUUGGGUUAUGCGUGUGCAAAGCGACUCGGGAAAAACAGGGUUAAGAUCUUGGGCGCAUUCCAUGACCAUACCACCAAUUCCGCAACCGGGGAGAGACGUCCAGAUGGCCGCCAUUGCACGUAUGGGAUGAGUCCAGGGCAAAUUAGGGUCCAUGUUUACGUUGAUCUCACUGAAACGAUGCCGAUUGAGGAAAUGAAGGUGUUGGGAGAAGGCGUGGUCCUGAACAACACAACUACCCCAGACCCAACUCUAUCCAUAGGUACUUAUUCUUAUUAA